GGUGAAAAAGUGAAAUAUUGGGAAAGGGUAGGUUUCCAUGUCAAAUUUGAGGGUAAUAGGUCUUAUUGUAUCCCCAAAUUGCAUUAAAUCCUGAGAAUAUGACCAUUUUCAAAUGCGAAACUGUGGGGUCAUGACCUGUUGUUGUUGUUGUGUUCUUUGUUACUCAGGAAGGAAAACUGCGGUAGGCAUAUUGUAUUUUGGGUUCUUUUUAAGCUGGAAUCGCUAGUAGGGUCACGCUGUGAAGUAUUGCGCGAAAACCACCUGGUUACGUGGUAUUUAUUCAUGGUUUUAUGGGUUGUGCUAUGUUUUGCGUGUAAAAAUAUCAUUCCAAAAGCAGGCUAUCAUUUCCAUUUCAUUCGUCCCCAGCCACUUUCGUACAUGGUAAAACGUUUAUUUUGAAGCCACUGUUUGCGGCCUUGCAAUUCUUUCACUUUUGUCAAUAGUAUCACCUGUACAGGUUCCAUAUGCUCUUUUUUUAUCUUAAAUGUAAGUUUCAGACUACUUGUGUGCAGUGAAUGUGUUUUUAUGAUUGCAGGUUCAUUGUUUUCUGAAUUGAGCGUGGUGGAGAUCAAGAAGGCGUCCGCGGCUCCGAGAGAGUGUGUGUCUACCGUGGUCUGCUACCUAAAAAAAACGAUUUCAAGUUCACUCUAGUGCACCGGCAGGUUAAAAGAGGAGAGACUGAAGUGAAAGAGACAGGGACUCGAUUCCAUAAAUUGAUCCUGAUUUGUACUGAAGGAUUAGCUGCUAUUUGAAUUCUCGUCUGUAUGUACAUUUUAUUUCAUUAUGGACUGAAAAGCAUUCCUACAUUAUUAAAUGAAGUGAACUGUGAACUAUCUUAUUUAUGAUGUCUUGUUUAUUGGGAUACAACACAGCCGUAGCCAUCCGGGUUACAGUAUUAUACAUGUAGACUAUUUUAACAGAAUUAUACUUUUACUACAUGUACUUUAACAUGUAAAACUUCAUACACUAGAGUAUCAAAAUUGGCGACAGGUUCAUUGUCUAAUGUUGUGAAACGUUGGCCUUUGGUUGAAAAGUUUUAUUGUACAUCUUGUGUUUGAAUUUAUCCGUGUUUCAGUGUUAAUUUUAACUUCUAAGGUUGAUAAACUUUUGGAACUAGCUUUAUUGUUUUCAUAUUUCACAAGAAAUAUACUUGAACGAUAUGAACAAACAGGUUUCAGCAUUAUAAACAGUAACAAAAUGGCAACAGGUUCAUUGUCUUCGGUUCCAAAACGUUUGCGUAUGGUUGAAGACUUUUCUUGCACAUGUUGUUUAGAGCAGAAUCUUACGGAAUCUGCAGACAUUUAUUGUGAACAAUGUUUAAGGUUUUAUUGUAAAAAAUGUGUUAUCCUGCAUAGUCAGUUGUUUACAAAACAUAUGACAUGUGGAAGGGAGGAUAUUAAGAAAUGGCCAGUUUCUAAGGCGGUGGAAGAUUUUCUCAGGAAGUGUGAGGUGCAUGCGGAUGAAUCACUGACACAGUUUUGCCAUGACCACGGUCAGCUGUGCUGCUCUGCAUGUAUUGGAACAAUUCACAGCCAGUGCAGUAAAGUGACCCAGAUUUCGGAGCUGACCAACUCGCAGCCCACAGGCCUAGAGGGGCUGUCAGUGGAGCUGGAAACUGUCCUGGGGGAAAUUAAAACCCUGCAAAUCAGUCAGAAGGCCAGCAUUCAGUCAUUGCAGAGAACAUACAAGGAACAUAGUGCAGUUAUGAUAGAGCAAAUGCUUGGCAAUUUAAAUACUUAUAUAGAUGAAUGUGAUAAUAAUUCUGUGGGUACAUCAGGCGGAAAUGAGCAAUAUUUAAAAGAAGAGAUGUGUAGGAGUGUUCUCUCUAUCGUGAAUGAAUUUGAUAAUAUUACUACGAAGGAACUUAACGAGAUGAAAGAUGAAGUUUUAAGUAUUAAAGAGUCAGUUACAAGUUCUAUUCAUAAAUGCACCACUCUUCACAAUGACUUGUCACAAUUCCAUGAACUUGUUCAGAAAAUUGGAGAUAAUAAGGAGCUCUGUCUUAUAGCCAGCAUAAAAUGUAAGCAUAUAAUACAGCAAGCAUUGACUCUGCUAGGAAAGUCAGGCAAGGCGUUUAACGUCCAGCGGAAGUCUGUGCACAAUGUGAGAAUACCAAGUGAUUCAUAUGAAUGUAGUAUUGAAGGCAUAUGUGUUCUGACUGAUGGGCAGGUGCUGGUCGCAGACUCGAAGAAUAAGAGGAUCAAGCUGCUGAACCAGCAGUACCAGGUGGUGAAUCACUGGGAUGUGACUGCUGGGCCACGGGCUAUAUGUUUGAUCACACCCAGUGAGGUUGCAGCGGCUGUGGAUACUUUCAACAAACAUGAGGUCCAUACAUAG